AUGACAGCAAAUACCCGUGCCAUUCUCAACCGCCUUUCGUAUGUAAUAUACGAACAUCCUGACUUGGAGAAGUUUAGAGAUUUUGCCGGAGAUUUUGGCUUCAUAGAAGCUGGGCGAGUGGACGGUCUCACGUUCUACCGCGGGUACGGCAAGGAUGCAUACGUCUAUGUCGUCGCAGAAGGGCAACCGGGCGCCGAGAAACGGUUUAUAGGUGGUGGCUUUGUGGCCCAAUCUGCGCAGGACUUCCAAUUGAUUUGCCAGAUGCCGGGCGCGAAGAUACUGGAUGCAACAAAGCGGCCGGGAGGUGGUCAACUGGUAGAGGUGCUCGAUCCUAACGGGUAUGUCGUCCAGGUCGCUUGGGGCCAGGUUGAGCGCGAGGUGCCUGCCCACGGAAUCUCAUCGUGCGAAGGCGGGCAGCCCCCAAUGAACGGUGCGCUUGACAAGAUUCGAAAAGGCCAGUUCACGCGCAUGAGCAGCGGCCCGGGGUUGGUCCACAAACUGGGUCAUUUCGGCUACACGACGGACAACUAUGACGAGACGCGCCGAUGGUAUCAAGACCAUUUCAACUUUACGCCCACCGACGUGCUCCAUGCUCCUGCCGACCAGGCUCUGGAGGUAGCAGCCUUCAUGCGCGUGGCCCGAGGCAAAACAUUCGUUGACCACCACUCCUUCCUUAUUGUCAGGGGUGAAGGCAAAGGAACAAAGGUCCACCACUCCUCUUUCGAGGUGGAGGACGUUGACACGCAGAUGAUGGCUCACCAAUGGCUGGGACAGGCAGGCUGGACCUUGGUCUGGGGCGUUGGCCGACAUGUCCACGGCUCUCAGAUUUUCGACUACUGGUACGACAGCAGCGGGUUCAUUAUCGAGCACUAUGCCGACGGAGACCUCGUCAAUGAAGACACCGAAAUGACCUCUGCCCCUGCAGGUGUCAUGGCCGUAUGGGGUCCCCCCGUACCAGCCGUUUGGGGCGGAAAGGCCAGCACUUAG